AUGAAACAUGCUUGUGCUGCAGGAUUAACGAAAGCUAAUACUAGCACACUACUGAAUCCGGAGCAUUAUUAUAAUGGCGCCGAGAGAUUAUACUGUCCAGCGAACGCUUAUGUCGGGAAUCAACCGGUCGACCGACAAGACAGUUUUCUGCGACUGAGACAACUAAGAUCAGAGAUGGUUCGAGUAGCAGCAAUUAAAGGGCCAGCUCUCGAUGGUUACAUCGUCACAUCGGAUGACGAACACCAAACAGUGAGCUUCAUAUCUCAUGGCCAUGAUGGCCCCGUGGAGAGCGAGGCUGUGGAUCCACACGACAUGAGAAGAGAAUUUCUUACUGGAUUCCACGGAAGCGCUGGGGAAGCUAUAGUCACUAUUGACAAGGCAGUACUUUGGACUGAUGGUCGAUAUCAUAUCCAAGCAAAUCAUCAGCUGGACUGUAACUGGAUUUUAAUGAAGCGAGGUGAACAUGACGUACCAACGAUAACGGAAUGGUUAAUACAAGAGUUUCAAAAUCGAUCAGAAGUACGUAUUGGUGCCAAUCCGAAACUAAUACCUGCAUUUACGUGGGAGACAUGGGAGCACGAAUUGGUGAAUUCGUCCGUAAGAUUGGUCGCAGUCCAUAACGACCUGGUGGACUUGAUCUGGCAGGUGGGUCGACCUGAGUACAAUCCACACGCGGCGUAUCCGCUGACGGACGAGUACUCCGGUAAACCGUGGCAGGAGAAAGUUCAGAAUAUCCGGCUAGAAAUGGAGUAUUCUUCGGUCGACGCGCUCAUCGUCACCGCACUGGAUGAGAUAGCGUGGCUAUUUAACGUCCGUGGCUACGAUUUACCACACACACCCGUCCUCAGGGCUUACACAAUUGUCACUCACGAGUCCCUGCAUCUUUAUGCACCACGCCAAAAGAUCCUGCGAUCCGUCGAUAUACAUCUAAAAAUCGACUCCUGUUCCCAUGCAAAUUGUGUCAAAUGGCAUAAUUACACAGAUAUUUGGUACGAUUUAAGGACUAUGUCUCAAGCCUGGAAUACAGUGUGGCUCCCAUCACCGUACGGUUACUCACCAGGAGCGUCCAAAGAAAUAUACAAUUCCAUUCCACCAGAAAAAAGAUUUGUUAAGGCCUCACCUAUAAUUGAUCUAAAAGCGGAGAAAAACAAAGUCGAAGUGGCAGGUAUGAGAAGAUCUCAUCUGAGGGAUGCAAUGGCCAUGUGUGAUUUCCUGGCUUACAUGGAAGAGCAGUACAAAUUAGACUCUGAAGGAUGGGACGAGAUGCAAGUGGUGAGAGUGAUCAAUGAAAUUCGUUACGAACAAGAUGGCAAUAGGGGUAUCGCAUUCCCGACAAUAGUAGGGUACGGACCGCACGCUGCUAUGCCGCAUUACGAACCGAAUAACUUGACCAACAUUAAAAUCGGGACCACGUCCACACUAGUGAUCGACUCUGGAGGACAAUACUUGGAUGGUACCACAGACGUGACCAGAACUCUUCACUUGGGAGUGCCGACUGAUGAACAGAAAAAAGCCUACACGAGAGUGCUGAUCGGUUCGAUUGAAUUAUCGUCUUUGAUCUUUCCCAAUGAUCUACCGGCAGAGCAAUUGGAUAUUAUUGCGCGUAGGUCGUUGUGGAGCAGCGGUUACAAUUACAUGCAUGGCACUGGUCACGGAAUCGGUCAUUUUUCUUCAGUUCACGAAUCGCCUAUCAGCUUGUCGUAUUACGGAUGCAAAAAUUCAGGAUGUUCCAUCAAGUUGAAGCCAGGAUUCUUUUUUUCAAACGAACCGGGGUAUUACAAAGAAGACGAUUUUGGUGUUCGUUUGGAGAAUAUCCUUGAAGUAAUUCCGGCUGAUAAAUUGUCUUAUAAUGGGCAAAGAUUUCUCAAAUUCAGGGACGUCACUCUGGUCCCGUACGAACCGAAACUUAUCAAAAUUAAUAUGCUAACUUCACCGCAUCGGCGUUGGCUAAAUAAUUACAAUAGGCGUAUACGGAAAGAAGUCGGCGCAGAGUUAAAAAAGAAUUUAAAAAUGAAAGCAUUUUACUGGAUGAUGGCGAAAACUACGACCAUUCCAGAAACGGACAGCUAUUUUUUCUCUGAUAAUUCUCAAGCAAUGCCGUCUACCAAUAGGCAAUUCCAUACUUUAGUUAUAAUCGUUGCUAUUUAUCAUAUUAUAAAAAAUUUCACAAGAAUACACAACUAAAUUGGGAAAUACGUCUAUGUUGUCAAAUACAAUAUUUUAAAUUACGGACCUUUUUUGCCUUAUAGAAGUUACUUUUUUAUCGUAAAAUAUACAUCAUUUCCAAGAUUGAUAUAGGAUAUCAUAUAAUUAAAUUUAGACAAAAAAACA